AUGAUAGAAGAGGGGAUGAAAGAAUGGAGUAUAGAAGAGGGGAUGAAUGAAGGGAGUAUAGAAGAGGUGACGGAAGAAGGGAGUAUAGAAGAGGGGCUGGAAGAAGUGAGUAUAGAAGAGGGGAUAAAAGAAUGGAGUACAGAAGAGGGGAUGAAUGAAGGGAGUAGAGAAGAGGGGACGGAAAAAGGGAAUAUAGAAGAGGGGGCAGAAGAAGUGAGUAUAGAAGAGGGGAUGAAUGAAGGGAGUAUAGAAGAGGGGAUAAAUGAAGGGAGUAUAGAAGAGGGGACAGAACAAGGGAGGGUAGAAGAGGGGAUGAAUGAAGGGAGGAUAGAAGAGGGGAGCAAUGAAGGGAGGAUAGAAGAGGGAAGAAAGAAGGGAGGGUAG